GAGAAUUUUACAUGAGUCCUGGAAUUUAUUUGCUUGUGAUUCCUCCACUAAGCUUAGGUUUAGUUAUUCAUUGGCCCGAACCUGGAUGUUAUGAAGAAAAUAUUUCAUCUCAAAGAAAGAAAAAUAUGAUAAAUUUACACAGAUAUCUUACUAGACUUACGGACCAUCAACUCUGUUUAAUGAGUGAAUUCGACCUAGAAUGUUUUAUUUGGAAUUCGGAGAAUGACGGAAAAGACGAUUCUGAUGAGGAAAAUGAAGGUGUCUACUAUGAAUAUGAAGUGAAAAAGAGUCAAGAAGAACAAGAAGAUUUUGAAAUAUUUCCAGGAUUUCAGAUUAAUUUGCCGCAACAGAUAAUUUCAGAUAUUCGUGAUGGAUAUCCUUUGCAACCUACUGUGGUUGAAUCUGUAACUAGUCAAACACUAAUUACCAAAAAGAAAAUUAAUGCUACAUCGAAAAUGUUUCUAGUUGCAUUUGAAACUAAGUAUAAAUAUUUUAAAGAAGAAUUUAGUAAAAGACUUUAUGGAUAUGCUUUACGUAUCAGCAAAAAUAUGAGCAUCAAAAAUCUAGAAAUAUUGAUUAAAAACGGAUUGCCUGAAAUGGAAGAAGAGCUACUCGAUUCUUACAGAAAGAAAUUAGAAGAUGUUAAGAUGCAAAUAGAGCUUAAGAAAGCGCAAGAAAGGGGCUCUAUAAAAGAGGACGCAGAAAUUUUCACUAAAUAUGUUUGGAAAAAAUUAAGACAAGAAUACAUUGAAUUUGAACUGCUAAUUGAUAAAGAAUUAACCAAUAAUUCCGCUACGCCACAAGUUCCUGAUGAUGAGACUAUGAAACAAAGCAUCGAAAAUAUCAAAUGUAAACAUUCUGUUAAAUGUGAUCAAAUAGAAGAAGCUUUGAAGAUAAAUUCGAAAAAAUGGAAAGAAUUAAAAAAACGAUACAUUUUAUUAAAAGAUUUUAUACAAAAUGUAUAUAGUGAAAAUAUUAGCAUGGAUCAAGGUGGAGACACACAGUCGCAAUUGUCAAAUGAACAAGUAAGGCAAUCGAUGUGUCAGGCAGUAUUUGAAAUGUUCAUGGACGAAGAAUUGGAUUACUACAGACUCAUCAGGAAAUAUUGUUGGUCCCCAUAUCAGAAAAGAAUGAAAAAAGUUUCUUCUCCAAUGGAAUUGUGGACAUACCUAGUUCGAAUUGCUAACUCCAAAGCUAAUAUCACUGAAAACUAUGUAGAAUCAUUAGUUAUCACAACAGCUGACAAAAAAUUUAUUAAGGAAAUUACUUCAAUAGAGUUUGAGUCUCUUUCCAACCAAAAACAUGAACUUACUGAUAUUUUUCUGAAGGAAUAUAAAAGGUGGAGGAAAGAGAUCUUUCCUAAAAAUAUUCAGGAGAUUGUUCCUAGAUGCGAUGGAUCUUAUAUGAGAGAAGUUACUAAAAAAUUUGAUUCAGAAUAUUUACGUUCUAAAGAAAUAAUCGAAGAGGAAGAAUUUAAUGGAAUAUGCAAAGAAAUAGAAAAUAAGUUUCCUACAGGAUAUUAUGUCUCAUACGAAAUCGAAACCAUCCAGCCUGAUCAACUUAGAAUUACAAUCUAUCCAACAUCGAUUGGUGAAAGAGAUAACCUUCUACUUUCUGAAGAUAUCCCCACACCAAAAUUCAAUAAAAAUAGCGAUGAUUUCGGAAAUUCUUUCCAAAUAAAUCUAGAAGCUCAUGAAAUUAGGAAUAUUUCCCAAUUUGAAAACAAAUUUUUUCUCGCACUAUGGAAUAAUAAAGAAAAUCAAUUGGAGAUAUAUUUUGACACUGCAUCUCGACUAUCAUUAUCCCUUCAAUCUGCUCCAUUCAAAAUAUUAUAUCCAGAGAAAAGCACCCUUAUUUCUGUAAAUGAACCUAAGAGGUUAAUUGGUCUAUAUGAUAUCAGUUCGGGAGUUCUAAAUAUUUAUGCAUUUGAUGAGAAAUUUGUUAAACUUCUUCCGAGAAUCAUUAAUGUUCAACUAGUUCAGUGGUAUGAUAAUACGGUACCGAAAAUUCAACAAUUUUUCUUUCUCAAAAAUACAGAAGAUAUAUGUUUUGUUGAGAAGAAUGGUCGCUCCAGAGUUUAUAUGAUAGCCUUAAAUCAAUUUCGACCUGGUUUAUUGCUAUUGCCACCAGAUUCCUUCAAAGUUCUAAGUACACCCGAUGGAGCAUGUAUUGUGGCUUUCACAAAAGAUAUCGUGUUAGAACAGGAAAAUGAAAACAAAGAUGCUAACGGUAGCCCCGAAGAAACAUAUAGUUCUUAUGAACCCCUAAAUAGAAACGACUAUAAUCCAGAAAAUCAAGUAAAAACGCUUAAAGCACACGUAUUUUUUUGCGCAAAUUUCGGUAGCCCAGCAAAUAAAGUUAUACCUAUGCCAAAAUAUAUGCAAUCUGUUGAGCAUUUUCAAUUCUCUUGUAUCAAGAAACAACAAAUACAUCUUACUACCAUCGAUGUAAUUAAUGGACGGUUUUGUUCACUGAUUACUAGGGUUGCACUUGAAAAAAAGCCAUACAGGUUUCAGCAAAAGUCUAGCAAAAGAUUAACGGAAAAAGAACUCAAUAAUUAUGUCAACGUGUAUCAAUACACGUUUGAAAAAUAUCCAACUUACAGCUGUAUAGAUAUCGAACAAAAUAAAUCUCCAAGCUUAACUAUGGUCUUGGAUUUGUCCACCAGCAACGUUAAUGGUUAUGAGAGAAAAUUCAGAGAUUAUGUUAAUGACAUGUACGAAGAAUUAAAACGUACUGUAGAAAGAUCAGCAAUUAAAAUCGGUAACUUUAAAAUGACUUAA